AGGGGAGACUGACGAACUGGCAGGAAUUCCUCAGCGCUCCUCAAAUUUCUCCAAAUCACGGACCUUCAGUUCGACUCCGUCCGGACAAAUACCCAGACCAGCUCCCCUUCAGCUGAGCGGAGCCGCCUAAACGAAACGAUGUUGCGAAGUGUGGCUGCGCUCCUUCUGCUGGCCGUGGCUCUCUGUAACGCAGAGGAUCUGCAGAAGAAGAGCAAAGUGUGUGCCAAUGUGUUUUGCGGGGCCGGCAGAGAGUGUGCUGUCAAUGAGAAGGGGGAGCCAAGCUGUCUGUGCAUAGAGAGCUGUAAGCCCCACAAGAGGUCAGUGUGUGGCAGCAAUGGUAAGACCUACAGGAAUCACUGUGAGCUCCACAGAGACGCUUGUCUGACUGGAUUGAAGAUUCAAGUGGCCCACGACGGACACUGCAAGGAAAAGAAAAAAGAGCAGGCGGCUGCCAGCCCAGUGGUGUGCUAUGCUGCUGAUCGCAAUGAGUUGAGGAAUCGUGUGAUCCAGUGGCUGCAGACUGAGGUCGUCCCAGACGGCUGGUUUGUCAAAGGGUCCAACUUUUCUGAUACACUACUCAAGUACUUUAAGUCAUAUGACAAUGGUGAUUCUCUGCUGGACUCCUCCGAGCUGCUCAAAUUCAUCCAGCACAAUGAGUCAGUGGUGGAGUUGCAGUCCUAUGCGGACCAGGAGAGCAACAAGCUGCUCAGGAGUCUGUGCGUCGAUGCCCUCAUUGAGCUCUCUGAUGAGAACUCUGAUUGGAAGCUGAGCUUUGAUGAGUUCCUCAACUGUCUAAAGCCUGGUUUCAACCCCCCAGAGAAGAAAUGUGCCCUUGAGGAUGAUAUGUAUGAGGACGGAGCAGACACCCAGGUUGAUUGUAACCGCUGCGUUUGUGCAUGCGGCAACUGGGUGUGCACUGCUAUGAUCUGCACUGACAAACAGGCGGCCUUGGAUGAGUCAGCAGAUCCUGGAGCAGAGAUGACGGAGGAGGAGUGGAACCUCCGUGUGGCUGAGCUGAACAAACACCAGGACACGGCUGAGAAGAUGAAGACCAGCACAAAGGAGGCUUAAAUAAGAACACUAAGAAGAAGAGGAUUCAUGCCAUCACCCUUCUUCCAUACUUGAUUUCCCUCAUGGUCGAGUGUUAUUAAACUGACUUUUUCAUGUUGCUCAGUUAUGUUAAUUAUUACACUUUUUUUAUUUACAGUGUUUAAGUGUUUGUGUUGAUGUUUAUUAGAUUCAAGGGCAAUCACAGAAUGUAAUCUGAUUCCCUGUGUUCAGUACUGUCAUAUUUGAUUGUAUUCUACACUAGUCUUGGGGCUAUUUUUACUACAUAUCUUUCUUUUUUUCCAAGUUGUUACAAAAGACACUGUAACGUUGUCACUGUUUUGGAAGAAGGAAGUCAUUGUUGUAGAAGGUAGCAGAGACGGGAGCUUGGAGAAUCCACUUGUUGAAAUGAGGGUACCUGGUGCAACAUGUUUCUUUUUACCCUCGUGUCGGCAGGUGUGGUAAACUAGCUGAAAACAGAAGGCAGAACUUCCUGUGUGAGUUGUCUUUGCCAUGUAGAACUGCCACAGCAGGCCACUACUCGACUGUUGCACUUCUUUUUUUCUCUUUAUCUUUCCUAGGUUUUAGUUUAUCACAAUACUGAAAUGCAUUUGUAUUUUACUGCUUUGGUGAUAUUUUUACUGAAAAGAAAAAAGUUUGUUUCUAUGUACAGCGUGUUAUUGGCUUGAGUUAGCUCAGCCUGUUCCCAUGUUAUGCUUGGAAGAGUCCCUGUGGUGCUUUUGGUUAAACAUUUCUUCUGUCUUGCUUCUCUGAGACAGAUUGCAGUCCAGUUUUGUGCACCCAGGUGAGCUCUGAUCUAAGCUUAACAUGAGGAAAGCUAAAACCAAAGUCUUGAUGAAGUGUUUGAAUGAAAAAAAAAAGAAAAACUCUCCAGGUAAAACAUUACUCUGGACCCAGCAACAACACUAUACCUGUGCUUUCAAAAUCACUAACAGAAGGAUUAGCCUCAUUGUCAGCUGAAGUAGCAUAGAUGCAUCAAUAUCGGGGUGUGAGAGUGUGUGUGUGUUAUUAACGUGAUGUUGAGAGUUGUUUGUUGAUUGUGUUCAUUUGUUUCAAUUUUGUUUCUAAAUUGGGAUGUUUAACAGUUAAAAUCAGUGCCUUAUACCUGCAAACAGUAUCGGUCCCAACCUUUGCUUGCACAGCAGCGGUUUUGCCAAGAGCUCAUUGCAAGAAUGAGUGCGCUUUGCUGAAGUAUAGCAGUAAACUAGUGCUUUGUAACUGCCCCUAUUAAAGAUCUGUGUGAAUGGUACAUUACUAGUUUUGAGCUAGAUCUCUAUUCCACUGAAAGUGCAAAGACUGUAAGGAAAAUGUAUGUAUGCCAAUAAAUCCCCUACAUAACA